CUCGCAGAACUCGGGGGAAGUGAGUGAGAGAGAGAGAGAGAGAGGUGGGGGCAGUCCUUUAAUUCGAACGCCGUUGCCUCCUCUCUCGAGCCCUUCUCCUUGGCGUCACGCCAGAGCCCAGCCGCCGCCCGGAGAUCGAAUCCUCUGCCCUGGCAUCCUGCUCCGAUCGCGGCUCCCCUCUGAGGAUUCUGUACCAAUAGGCAUCCCCAUGGCAUCAGUUACUUAUAUUGAUGAUAGCCAUGCUGAGGUUAUUGAUCCUCCAAAGAAUGAGGAGAUGUUGGAUGUCACUGAACUUGUUGGUGAACAUAUCCAGCAUUCACCGAAACCAAAUGUGACAAGUUAUGGCAAUGUGCGUGAGCUACUGGAAUGCCCUGUGUGUUUGAGUGCCAUGUAUCCUCCAAUUCAUCAGUGCUCCAACGGACAUACUCUGUGUUCUGGAUGCAAGCCAAGGGUUCAUAAUCGUUGCCCAACAUGCAGGCAUGAACUGGGUAACAUAAGAUGUCUUGCUCUGGAAAAGGUGGCUGCAUCACUAGAGCUUCCAUGCAAGUACCAGAACUUUGGGUGCUUGGGCAUAUACCCUUACUAUUGCAAGCUGAAACAUGAAUCACAAUGCCAAUACAGACCCUAUACUUGUCCAUAUGCUGGAUCUGAAUGCACAGUUGCUGGUGACAUUCCAUAUCUAGUAAAUCACUUGAAAGAUGACCACAAGGUUGACAUGCACAAUGGAAGCACUUUCAAUCAUCGUUAUGUUAAAUCAAAUCCUCAUGAAGUUGAGAAUGCCACCUGGAUGCUCACGGUUUUCAGCUGCUUCGGCCAGUACUUCUGUCUGCACUUCGAGGCAUUCCAGCUGGGCAUGGCACCUGUCUACAUUGCCUUCCUCCGGUUCAUGGGCGACGACGCUGAAGCUAAGAACUACAGCUACAGCCUUGAAGUUGGAGGCAGUGGCCGUAAGAUGACAUGGCAAGGCGUCCCUCGGAGCAUCAGAGACAGCCACAGGAAAGUCCGGGACAGCUAUGACGGGCUCAUCAUCCAGAGGAACAUGGCCUUGUUCUUCUCGGGUGGCGACAGGAAGGAGCUCAAGCUGCGGGUCACCGGGAGGAUCUGGAAGGAGCAGUAGCGAACUGCAAGAGCUAAAUGCAUUGAGUUGCUCUGCUUGGUGCCCAUGCAUGAAACAUGGAUCCAUGAUGAAUCAGAAGUUCAGAACUGAUGUCUAAGGGAAUCGUAGCUGUCAGAACUUAGGACAUGGUAAUAUCGUAGACUGCAUUAGUAGCAGGUAGUUGGGAUCUAUUAUUUGUGGAUGGUUAACUUGUGGUGCUGAUGUAGUAGAACCAAAGGCAAGUCUCUCUUUGCUUUGAACCUCUCUGGAGUCUAGAGUGAAAUGUAAAUGAUGUAGCUGGGUUUUUUUUUUCUCUCUGUAUGGGACUCGUUCUAUGCCAGACCCACCAUUGUCUCUGGAUUCUGGAGAUGAACUAGCAGUAAUAAAUCUGCAGCAGCUAAGUUUUUCGUGUUGAUGA